CAGGCUUGGAGGAUUGUGAUUGGGGACAGAGAAAAGGAACAAGUCAUUAAAGAAGGGCACAAGGUCAUAAAAAGGGAGAAAACAACCGGCAAAGCCGGUCUGUUGGAUAAUCAUGUGAUUAAAAUUGUGGCAAUAAAGGAGUGUAUAGCAAGGGCACACAAGAAUUCACCGCCUUUUGAAGUUACCUAUCUGCCUCUAGAAGCGGAGGGGAGGGAAGCCCUAGAAAGAGGGGUUGAACAGGAAAGAACAGUAGUUUGUUAAGCUUCUGAUUUAUCCUGCGUGGGGACCCAGAUCACUUGUAUGAUCACACCAUUUGGAUCCAACAAGAGUCUGUUUAAUCAUUUGUUCUGCCCUUUGGAUAAUCAACUGCUUCAGUCUGCCUUUGACUUCAGCGUCCAGUGGAGCUAAGAUUGCCACCAGCUUAACUUCUCCUUCUCCUCCUUCGGCCACCUGCACAGCAUACUGCAGAAUACAGUUGCAUACUUCACCUUUGAGCUCCUCAGGGAAAAUGAUGUAGGCAAUUACACCUGUUCCCUUUACUCGAAUAAUCAAAGAAAUAUCUCCUUUAUUAUUCAGCUGGAUCAUGGCGGAUCUUUGCAGUAUGCUUCCCCACUUCCUUUAUCCUUCUAGCAAUCUAACUAUGGAGCAAGCUUUGGAAAGUCAAAUAACACUGAACUGCACCGUGCAGCUGCCUUUCAGUAACGACUGUGAUCUUGACUUGCGCUGGAUGAAGGAUAAUCAGUUCUUAGGCAAUGACACUCCUGCUUCUUAUACUCACUGGUUCAGUGACAAUGAAACCAAAAUAUUUAUCUCCAGUUCUUUAGCACUAAACAUGACUGAUGAAAAUUAUGGAGUUUUUGCCUGCUUCAUUAGAAAUAGUACAGCUCUUUUUACACUGAAAAAAUCAGAAGACACUGUUGGGCACUUGGGCGCAGUGCUAGCUACGUUUUUUGCUGCAGCACUCCUGCUAUUUGUAGCUAUAAUGUAUGUGAAGUGCCGGCUGAAUGCUCUGCUCUGGUACCAGAAUCAUUAUGGAGAAGUAGAAAUCAAUGAUGGAAAAAUUUACGAUGCCUAUGUAUCUUAUGCUGAUUCAGUGGAUGAUAGAAAAUUUGUGAAUUUCAUAGUGAAGCCACAGCUAGAGAAUCGCUAUGGUUACAAGCUCUUUUUAGAUGAGAAGGACAUUCUGCCCAACUCAGAACCAUCUGCAGAUCUGAUUAUGAAUGUCAGCCGAUGUCGACGCCUUAUUGUGGUUCUUUCUUAUGCAUAUUUAGAACAGGAAUGGUGCAACAAUAAUUUCAAGGAAGGUCUUUGGAGACUGCUGGAACUCUCCCGGAAGCCAAUCUUCAUUGUCUUUGAGAGCCAAUAUCGGGACAUAGCACAUCCAGCCAUUACUUUGCUAAAGCAGCACAAGAGCAACGUGACCUUGUUGAUGUGGCAUGCUGGUUCCAUGGCAAUUGCAUCGGAUUUCUGGAAGGAGCUGUGCCUCUCCUUGCCACGGAAAGUAUCUUAUCAAGGCCUCAGGGGGGAUCCUCAAACCUAUCUCCAGGAAGACAAGGAUCCGAUGCUGAUUCUUCAUAGCAACUAUCCAGAAUUCCAGGGGGACUCUCACCCUGAAGGAGACAUUGUAAUCCGGAGACCAAUUAUCAAAGGUCUACCACCCCCUGUUAAGAUUGAUCCUGACGGUCCAUGCCUCGGAACAAUGGAAGAGGUACAGCUUGAGGAAAACCAGAAGAACGAGAUAGACAUUUCUGAUCUGGGAUCUCGCAACUAUGAUGCAAGGACAGACUUUUACUGCCUAGUGACAGAAGAUGAUAUAUAAGGCUUGCUAAGAUAUUCCUGGAGAAAUGAUCUUUUUUUUUUAUAAGCAUGGUAUUCCUUGGCAAGGACAAUAUGCUUGAUUAAUCUCUUUCAUCCAGAACUGUCCGUGAAGUACUACAGAAUUCUGACCCGCUCUUAACACUUCUCUACAUGUCUCUCCCUAACUUAGAUAAAGGAUAGCAGUGAAAGAAAUGUUCAGAUGACACAAAACUAUGAGUAGCCAAGACUUCAGGCGAUAGGAACAAAACUGCAACAGCUCAGCGGCUUGGCAUCCUUUUGUUGGGCACUGCAUUAAACAGGGCAAUUGUACAAAAUGGCCUCUGAACCUCCUACAUGAUUCUAUAAGCAAUCGCCAUUGGCAAGGUGCAAGGUUUUGGAGAAUGUCUGGUUAUCUUAUUCACAAUAGUGCCAUACAAUGUGAGAUGAUUAUCCUGCAUCAGAUUACAAUGGUGGGACUUAUCUAAGCAACAAGCUGGGCAAACUUUUCGGUUACUGAGAACAUCUCCAGGCGGGCAUUGAUAUGUGAGAAGUGAACAUUGAUAGCUGGACGUUAUCAGUGUAAUUGAAAUUAUAAAGGGAAAUAUCAACACUAAAGAGAUCCGAGACUCCUCUUUGCUAGAAAAAAGAAAAGAAUGGCUAGUUUCUAUA